CCAAUCCCUUUAGAAUAAUUUCAAGAAAACCCUAAUUUCCAGCUUACCACAAAUUCAUUUGUCACGUACAACCUCAUAAAUCUCCCCUGCCAAGCCCUAGGGUUUCUCAUCGCAAUUAUCACAAAACUUCGAAUCGGUACUAUCGACUAUCACUUUCCGUUUGAGCGCAUCCAAUUUUUGAAAGAUGGAUGCUCAGAGGGCUUUGCUUGAUGAACUCAUGGGCUCAGCACGUAAUUUGACUGAAGAAGAGAGAAAAGGGCACCGGGAAAUCAAGUGGGAUGAUAAGGAAGUGUGUGGUUGCUACAUGGUCCGGUUCUGUCCUCAUGAUUUGUUUGUCAACACUCGGAGCGACUUAGGGGCAUGCCAGAAAAUUCAUGACCCGAAGUUAAAGGAAAGCUUUGAGAUGUCUCCUAGACAUGAUCCAUUUGUUCCGAAGUUUGAAGCUGAUCUCGCUCAAUACUGUGAAAGGCUGGUUUCUGAUUUAGACCGGAGAGUGAGGCGUGGCCGUGAACGCCUUGCACAAGAUGUUGAAGUCCAGCCUCCUCCACCAAUUUCUGCUGAAAAGGCGGAGCAGUUGUCUGUUCUGGAAGAGAAGAUAAAGAACCUGCUGGAACAAGUUGAGUCUCUUGGUGAAGAGGGGAAGGUGGAUGAAGCUGAGGCACUUAUGAGAAAGGUGGAAUUGCUGCACAUUGAGAAGACUGCCUUAACUCAGCAACCACAGGAUAAAUUAUUGAUGGCUGCACAAGAGAAAAAAAUGGCACUAUGUGAAAUAUGUGGUUCUUUUCUAGUCGCAAAUGAUGCUGCAGAGAGAACUCAGUCACAUGUUACUGGAAAGCAACACGUAGGCUAUGGCAUGGUUCGGGACUUUCUUGUUGAGUAUAAGGAAGCCAAGGAGAAGGCAAAAGAAGAAGAAAGACUGGCUAGGGAGAGAGAAGCUGAAGAACGAAGGAAGCUGCAGGAUAAAGAACAUGAGGGUAAACGCAGAAGAAGUGGCUCAUCUGAUAGGGACAGGCCUCGUCACCGGGAUUAUGACAGGGAGAGGGACCGAUAUCGUGAACGUGAUAGAUAUAAUGGAAGGAAUGGUAGAGGAAGCAGAGAGGUGGGAAGAGGGUCAGAUAGGAAGAACAUUAGCUCAAGUAAUGGAAGAGAAGGGAGUAGGGAUAGAUAUCGAGAACAUGAAAGGAGCAGAUCUCGUUCUCCUGCCAAACAUGGUCGCAGGAGGUCAUCCAGGAGUCCAGGCCGUCCAUAUUAGAGAAUUGUGUAGAAAUAUAUCUGGAUUAUGAAGAGGUAGAUGCUUUCAUAAACCACCAUGUUUAACGUAUGUGAUUUGAGAGUCUAAGUUUGCUAUCAUUAUGAGUGAUUGUUUUCUGUUCUCACAGCUCUUUUGAGACUAUACCGUCUCCUAUCACCAAUAUAAUUUCAGGAGAAAGAUGAGGUAGGCAUUUCAUUGCCAUAAUGCUGAUCAUUCAAGUUUUGUUUUGACUGUUUUAUGCUUUACAAGUGAUAUUGCUUCCAGGCUGCGGUUUUAUUAUCCCCCUUUUGUUCUGCUGCAAAACUGUUGCCUUCUCUUUAGCUAUUCAGGGCAAGCAAUGUCAUUUCUUACUUGUGAUUGUGCCAAUUUUGCAAUUGAGUGCAUCUGCUAAUAAGAUCUCAUUUAGAUGUAGCUGUUGCACUUGCAUGAUGCUCUGGAAUCGCUGGGGUAAAUCUCUUGUCUGAUUUGUUUUUCAUUUAUAUCGAAUUUGGCUUUAUUAGUUAAUAUAUGCAGAUCUUGUCCAUACAUAGUGUAAGCACAAAUUAGCUUGUUCUAGGAACAAUCACAGACAAAAUUUUACUGCUGGUAGUGCGAUUUGGAUAAAAUAGUCAUCUAGGUAUGGAACAUAGUCCUUCAUUAGUGUAAACAAAGCGAUCUUUGGUUUGUUUUGAAUUUCUUGAAGCUAUAUCCAGGUAAUGAGCAAAGGAGCACGCACCUGUUUUUGAUAAUUUUAGUAAACAAAUCUCCACCCUGGCUAAGUCCAUUAUUUCAGGAUUAUGCAACGAUGUUGAGGACUGCAUUGAAUUACAUAUCAUAGCUUUUGUUGCCUUAACAUUCGACCUUGCUGCUCGUGGAAUGUUUUGCUUCCAAUGGCAGAAUAUGUGAGGGAAUGGAUAUAUCUUAGGUUCAAUGUUUUUUUGUGAAUUAGUUAUGACUAUCCCCUGGCUAUAUUUGGCUUUUAUCCCUUGUGCCAUGUAUAUAUCCAAGACAGCCAUUUAGCUACAUGGAAUAAAUUAAGUCAAAAUGUUUUACUGUGAAA